UCUGUGCACGUGGGGCAGAGGUAGCCGAGACUGGGAGAAGCUCCAGGAGACGCUCUGCACCGCCCACGCGAGGAUGUCUCCCAGCCUGCAAGAAGGCGCUCAGCUUGGAGAAUGUAAACCCUCACUUUCCUCCUUUUCAAUUGAGAGCAUCUUAGGACUGGACCAGAAGAAAGACUGUGUGCCAUCAGUGAAACCUCACAGGCCCUGGGCAGACACCUGCAGCAACUCAGGGAAAGAUGAUAACCUAUGUCUACAGGUUACGAGCUUUCCCAGUGAGAUCUCAUUCCCUGGUACUGUGGAUCACCCAAUGCCAGAAGAAAAAAUAUUGCAGUAUGAAAACUACUUUUCACCCUCAGAAAGGCUUUCUUUGAAAAGAGAAUUGAGUUGGUAUAGAGGCCGAAGACCAAGAACUGCUUUUACUCAAAAUCAGAUUGAAGUGUUGGAAAAUGUCUUUAGCGUAAACUGCUAUCCUGGCAUUGAUAUCAGAGAAGACUUAGCUCAAAAGCUGAACCUAGAGGAAGACAGAAUCCAGAUCUGGUUCCAAAAUAGGCGUGCAAAGCUGAAACGGUCCCAUAGAGAAUCACAGUUUUUAAUGGCGAAGAAAAAUUUCAACACAUAUCUCCUGGAAUAGAUAGAAAACUAAAUAUGUGAAAUUGUUUUCCAGUUGCAGAACAAUGGAAUCAAUGGA